CCGCCGUCUGGGCGCGGGGGGGAAGGCCCGCCCCCUCUUCGUACCCGCCACCUACGUGCUGGAGGUGUCAGGAGCCCCGCAGCCCUGCCAACCCCCCUCCUCUUCCUCCUCUUCCUCCUCGCUGGGCGUUAGGCUGAUGUCCCGAGGGUCUCUCAACCCCUGCCCCCGGAUUCAAUGCUCAGCUCCCAAACCCUUUUGCCGCUCCAUGGAGGAUCUGAACUGCAAUAGUGCCUUCAGGGCGGGGGGCCUGGGGCCCACCAUGGAGGGGCCCCGCUUCCCCACCCUGCCCCUCCCUGGGUCCCCCUACCCUGGCUCCUCCCCCUCGGGGCACCUCCUGGCUCCGCCCAGCUGCGGCGGGCCAAUCACCCGCAGCCGCAGCUCCAGCACCCUGCAGAACCCCUACGACCAGGGCGGGGCUGGGGCCACACCCACGGCCGGGGGCCCCUCCAGGUCCUACAGCCACUGGGACAUGGGCGUGGCUGCCCACAGACAGCUGGCUCCGCAGGCCUACAUUUCCCAGGAUUCCCUGCUGGAGUCUCCGCUGUACAGCACGCUGCAGCGGGGGCGGGCGGGGCCUCCCACCCCUGGCCCAGCACAGCGCCCCCUGCAGGUGUUGGACCUGUGGGAGCAGUACCUGGACCCCGCCUCCAACCGCUGUUACUACGUCAACACCCUCACUCUGGAGCGCUCCUGGAAACCACCGCGGAGGUCCCGCACGCCAAACAGGGCGAGUGCCGUUCCAGGAGGAACGUUUCCCCGUGACUGCAGCCACCUGACCGUGCCGGGCACAGAGACGGGGAAUGGCAGCUUACACAGGCUCUCUCCUGACUUUACCGAACGUGGCCAGGAUGCUGACAGUGGCUGGGAGCUGAGACUGAGCAUGCAGCGUGCUGCCUCAUCUGACGCGCUCAGCAGCGCCUCCUAUGGCUCGGGCCACGCCCCGGCCCGUAACUCCGCCCCCGCCUUCAGCCACUCCCACUCCAUGAUCCUGUCAGCGACGCCGGGCACCAAGUGCAGGGACCUGCCCUGUCAUGUGACCUGUGUGGACCCCCCCUCCCCCUUCAGUUCAGAGAGCAGCACCCCGGAGCUGGAGAAGGCUGGCCUCCUGAACAAAACCAAGAUUGCCGAAGGGGGCAGGAAGUUGAGGAAGAACUGGAACCCCUCAUGGGUGGUGUUGGUGGGAAACAGCCUGGUCUUCUUCAAGGACCCCAAGUCCCAGACACCCUCCAGCUGGAAACCUGGAAACAGCAGGCCAGAGAGCAGUGUGGAUCUUAGAGGUGCAAAGCUACACUGGGCCAAUGAUCUGUCCAGUAAGAAGAAUGUGUUCAAGUUGCGGACAGUGACGGGGAAUGAGUUCCUGCUGCAGUCGGAGACCGAGUCUGUGAUUAAGGAGUGGUACAGCACCAUCCAGAGCGUCAUACACCGGCUGGACCGUGAUAACCCCCUGGAUAACGUGUUGCUGUACUCUAACUCUCUGAGGCGGGCCGGCAGUGUGGAGAUGCCGGAUCACAGCGGGGAUGAGGACGAUACUCCUGGGCGCAAGCCUUCUCUGGUCCCUCGCUCCAGCUCCAGUCUGGAGAGCUCGGAGAAAAAGAGGGUACGGAGCCGUCUGAAGAAGCUCAUUCUGAAGAGGCCUCCUCUGCAGGCUCUGCAGGCGAAAGGGCUUAUCAAGGACCAGGUGUUUGGGUGCCGUUUGGAGACCCUGUGUGAGAGGGAGAAGAGCACUGUCCCGCGCUUCGUCAGGAUGUGCACGGAGGCUGUGGAGAGGAGAGGCCUGGAGACGGAUGGGAUCUAUCGAGUGAGCGGGAAUCUGGCCGUCAUUCAGAAGCUGCGCUUCAUGGUGGACCACGAGAGAGCGGUGACCAGCGAUGGACGAUAUCUCUUCCCCAAGGAGCUGGUGCAAGAGGAGAAGCUGGAUCUGGAGGACAGUCAGUGGGAGGAUGUUCAUGUCAUCACGGGGGCACUCAAGCUCUUUUUCCGUGAGCUUCCAGAACCACUGGUGCCAUACGGAUUCUUCACUGACAUCGUGGAGACCGUCAAGAUGACCGACUACCUGGACAAAGUGGACCGUCUGAAAUGCCUGGUUCUGAACCUGCCGCCGCCCAACCACAACACUAUGAGGUUCAUGUUCAGCCACCUGAAACGGGUCAUGGAGCGCUCAGACUCGAACCGCAUGACGACGCAGAACAUCGGGAUCGUGUUCGGCCCGACGCUCAUGAGACCGGAGCGGGACAGCGGGAACAUGGCGGUGAACAUGGUGUACCAGAACCAGGCCGUGGAGCUCAUGCUUAGCGAGUUCGACCGCGUCUUCGGCCCCGACGGGUCCCUCUGACCCGCCCCUGCGCCACACUCCGCCCCCUCCCACCAGCUCUGACCCGCCCCUGCACCAAGCUCCGCCCCCUCCCACCAGCUCUGACCCGCCCCUGCACCAAGCUCCGCCCCCUCCCACCAGCUCUGACCCGCCCCUGCACCAAGCUCCGCCCCCUCCCACCAGCUCUGACCCGCCCCUGCGCCAAGCUCCACCCCCUCCCACCAGCUCUGACCCGCCCCUGCGCCAAGCUCCGCCCCCUCCCACCAUGACGAAGCCAAUCAGGAUCCUGUUGCUGCAAACGCAGCCGAAUAUUAACCACUACGGUGGCUGCACGGCUGUGCUGACAUCAUCAGGGGGCAGGGGUCAGGAGUCGCUGCCAUUUCAAUGUAGUUUUCAGGAAAGUAACUGGAAUUGAAUGUGUUAUACAGAGAUACCCCUGACCCUGGAAGCCAUAGGGAGAGAAGACGUGUGUCAGGGUACACGCGCUUCUUUCCAGGAGGAGCACGUGUCAGGUUAUGCGGGGGAGGAGUGUAUGUCAGGGUUUCCUGCAGUGUGUGUAUGUCUCCUACAGUGUGUGUGUGUCUCCUACAGUGUGUCUGUCAGGGUUUUCUACAUUGUGUGUGUUUCCCUACAGUGUGUGUGUGCGUCUCCUACAGUGUGUGUGUUUCCCUGCUGUGUGUGUGUCUCUGCAGUGUGUGUGUGUAUGUGUCUCCUACAGUGUGUGUGUCAGGGUUUCCUACAGUGUGUGUAUUUCCCUGCUGUGUGUGUGUCUCUGCAGUGUGUGUGUGUGUCUCCUACAGUGUGUGUUUCUCUGCAGUGUGUGUGUCUCCUACAGUGUGUGUUUCCCUGCUGUGUGUGUGUUUCCCUACAGUGUGUGUGUGCGUCUCCUACAGUGUGUGUGUUUCCCUGCUGUGUGUGUGUCUCUGCAGUGUGUGUGUGUAUGUGUCUCCUACAGUGUGUGUAUUUCCCUGCUGUGUGUGUGUCUCUGCAGUGUGUGUGUCAGGGUUUCCUACAGUGUGUGUAUUUCCCUGCUGUGUGUGUUUCUCUGCAGUGUGUGUGUCUCCUACAGUGUGUUUUUCAAUGCUGUGUGUGUGUGUCUCUGCAGUGUGUGUGUGCGUCUCCUACAGUGUUUGUGUUUCCCCCUCGUGUCUCCAGAGUGUGUGUGUAUCCCUGCAAUAUGUGUGUGGGUAUUUGCUCUCUGCUCAGGGCUGUAGAAUAAGUGGUCUGUUCUGUUCUGAGUGUGGUUUAUCAUAGCAAUGCAUCGCGUCAGAUCAUAUGUAGGACCCCCCAGUGAAAAAAUGUACUCUUUCUGUAUCCAUUAAAUUGUUUUGGAGGCAGCAAUCAUUUGUAAAUUACUGCGUCAACCCCCCCAUGUGUCCACACAUGCACACACACUCACACGUGCCUACACGCAAGCACACACACACACACACACAAGCAUCUACUCACACACGUACACACACACUCUUGACAUAGAAGCACAUGCAGUACACACACACAUGCACAUAUACACACGUGCCUACACGUAAGCACACACAGACACACACCAAGCUGUUCACGAUCCAGGUCCAUGGAAGUGCCAUUCCAUGUCCUGACAACCUGACAAUCCUUACAUCUCCACUUUAACCUCUUAUUCUAGUGUUUAUCUGUGUGACACACAUCUCUGCACCCCUCAAAUGUACUGUAUGUUUGGCACAAUGUCUGAGGUCAUGUUCUGUUUUGUCCACAAUCAACACUUUUGAAUGUCAUUCUAUUCCCACAGAAAGUUAAAUGACCAGGUCCCUGAAACAUCUGUCACCUCACAGGGACCCAAGAGGCCUUCCCUGCAAAAGAGCUUUGAUUGUUUAAGUACAGCAGAUCCCCAUAAAGUCCUGGCUACCUUCUGCAAGGAAGUGUGCGCCGGUCUCUAGUUUCUCCGUGUGGAGUACUCAGUGUAUGACUGCAUCUCUAAGUGCGCUGGACAUGGUCUGUAGUGUGUUCUGUGUGCAUGAGAGACAGGGAAAGUGUCGAGGUGUGUGUGUGUGUGUUUCUCUGUAAAAGAGGGCGGUGUUCUCCCCCUCACGAUUGGCGCAAAUUCUGCUUUUAAUAACAGAACAAAAGACAAACUAGAAAUACAUAUGUUUAAAAAAUGUGGACCCCCUCCCUCCCCCACCUCCCUCUCCCUCUGUGGUUUGGGUAAUUUUAUAUUGACUGUGGCUUUGGCAAAAGACACAAAAGCAGAGGAAAAAAAGGCAGAAGAAAGUGUAGAAGCAUUUUAAUGUUUUAUUUUAUAUAUUUAUUUAUUUUUAUUUUCUUAUUAUUGCAGAACUCCGGGGAGAGGGUGGAGAGGGAUUUUUAUGUGUUUCCAGCACACAGUCGCCUGAAUCUAAUUUUUUUUUUUUGUGCAGAAAAAAAAAAAAAAUCUCAGCUCUCGGUGUGCUCUUUCUGGGGUUCUCUGUCUUGUCAGACUGAUUAGUCUAAAUUUGAAUGGUGUAAACGCAAUUUAGAAGGAAAAAAGAACAAACAAAAAACAUCCUCACAUUUUCUCCGACCAGCUAAAUGUAGGCUUUGCAUACCGUGUUUUUAUUUCAUUAGGGAGAGGCAUUGUCAUUGUAUGUGAUUAUUAUCAAGUGAUUAUUUUCCGAAUUGAUUAAUGUUUCUUUAUAAGUAUUUUAACUGAAUCCAGACAGUACAGGUCAUUUUUCAUAUUUAUAGGCCCGUUACCUCCAGGGUUGUAUUGUUCGUGUAUUGUAGCGGACAUGUUUGUGUUUUGUUUCUGACAUACAGUUUUAAAAGUGAAAAUCCUCCUGGCUGUAUUAGAAUUUAUGAAAAUGUUUUGGAAACAACUUAAAAGAGCAAACAUUAUUUUGGAAGAGGGUGUGCUUUUGUUUUGCCUGUCUUCUGUUUCCGUGUGCUUGGUCUCUUUCUCAAUUUAUUUUGGUUACGUUUUGGGCAUAUUUUAUAUUUUUGUCACAUGCUGUGGAUUUUCAUGUAAUGUUGGCAACUUUGUUUUCGCAUACCCAUCUCAGUGCCAUUUUACACAUGUAAUUGCUAAAAACCUUGUCCUUAUUCUGCCAUUUGAAGGCUCGUUGUAAAACAGAAGAAAACGAACUGAAUAGAAUAUAAGUCGGUAACAUUGCGUUACCGUUGUAAGUAUAAGUGAAGACCUUUGAAUCUGAAGGCUUUGUUAUCUAUUUGCUGUGUUGGUACAUCCCUGGUAUUAGGUCCUGCUUGCAGUAUAUGUACAGUAUUGAAGCGUGAGCCAAAUAAAAAUCUUAGAUGAAUAA